GAGGCCGAAUCCGGGCGAGCCGAGCAGCGACUGCAGCCCCUUUUGAAUGUGUCUCUCAGUCUGCCUCCCUGGGAAGUCAGAUCGAGGCUGGAGUUCCAUUGGAACCCUGCGCUGCAUUCCUUUCCAUUCAUGCUGGGCAGCAGCGGCGGCGGCGGCGGCGGCGGCAGAAACGCAAGUGGAGCGCGGAGCCCGGACUUGCGGCGCGGGGGUUGUUCAGUGUGGAAUGUAAUCAUGGCAGGCGCCUCCGAAGCAAGCUCCGAUUCAAGCUGACUGAGCAGGAUGCCGGCACCCACAAUGUCCUGAAUGUGGAGACUGGUGGAAGAAGAGGAGACAUUAGUCCACAGACAGCUCCUUUCCCUUCUCCACUGCCUUCCGUUUUGCUUCUUUUUUCUGGUGGAUAGGUUAAUGCCCAACCAUUGCUGGAUGUGAUUCUUUCGCCAUGUGGCUCCUGAGACUAAAGCACCAUUUGUCGGUCAAUAUCUGGACCUUGCUGCUUCUGGGGAGUGCUUGGCUGCCAUUGGAAGAAGGCACUCCCAAGUCCAACUCUCCCUUUAGGACUUUCCAGGUCACCGACUGGAGUUUGACACACUUGGUGGUCCACAACAAAACUGGGGAGGUGUAUGUGGGUGCCGUCAACCGGAUCUAUAAGCUUGCAGACGAUCUGACACUGAUGCGCACUCAUGUCACGGGGCCCGUGGAUGACAAUGAGAAGUGUUACCCACCGCCUAGUGUGCAGUCUUGUCCACAUGGGCUAGUCAGCACCAACAAUGUCAACAAGUUGCUGCUGGUGGAUUAUUCUGGGAAUCGACUGAUAGCCUGUGGCAGUGCUUCUCAGGGCAUUUGCCAGUUUCUGCGCUUGGACGACCUUUUCAAGUUGGGUGAGCCCCAUCAUCGCAAGGAGCACUACCUCUCCAGCGUCAAUGAGUCAGGAACUAUGUCAGGCGUCAUCAUUGAAGUCCCGAAUGGGCAAAACAAGCUCUUCAUUGGAACACCCAUUGAUGGCAAGUCUGAGUACUUCCCUACCCUGUCCAGCCGUAAACUGAUGGCCAGUGAAGAGAAUGCAGAGAUGUUUGGCUUUGUUUAUCAGGAUGAGUUUGUCUCAUCCCAGCUCAAGAUUCCAUCAGACACACUGUCCAAGUUCCCCACAUUUGAUAUCUACUACAUCUAUAGCUUCAGCAGUGAGCAGUUUGUCUAUUACCUGACCUUGCAACUAGACACCCAGCUUACCUCGCCUGACUCUACCGGGGAGCAAUUUUUCACCUCCAAGGUCGUUCGGCUGUGUGUAGAUGAUCCCAAGUUCUACUCAUAUGUGGAAUUCCCCAUUGGUUGUAUUCGUGAUGGCAUUGAAUAUCGCCUGAUUCAGGACGCUUACCUAAGUAAGCCUGGAAAGGCACUGGCCAAGCAGUUGGGCAUCUCAGAGCAGGAGGAUAUCCUCUUCACAGUCUUCUCUCAGGGCCAGAAGAACAGGGUGAAGCCACCAAAGGAAUCUGUCCUUUGCCUCUUCACACUGAAGAAGAUCAAAGACAAAAUCAAGGAGCGCAUCCAGUCUUGCUAUCGUGGGGAGGGGAAGCUUUCUCUGCCCUGGCUUUUGAACAAGGAGUUGGGAUGCAUAAACUCACCCCUGCAAAUUGAUGACAAUUUCUGUGGUCAGGAUUUUAACCAACCUUUGGGUGGAACAGUCACCAUUGAAGGUGUGCCGCUCUUUGUGGACAAGGAAGAUGGCAUGACAUCAGUGGCUGCGUAUGACUACCGUGGGCACACCGUGGUCUUUGCUGGGACACGGAGAGGCAGGAUAAAAAAGAUCCUUGUGGACCCUGCCAAUCCCAUUGGACGUUCAGCAUUGCAGUAUGAGAAUGUCAUAGCCCAUGAUGGCAGCUCCAUCCUGCGGGACUUAGUGCUCAGCCCUGAUCUCCAGUACCUCUAUGCUAUGACUGAGAAACAGGUGACCCGUGUGCCAGUGGAGAGUUGUGAGCAAUAUACAACCUGUGCGCUAUGUCUGGGCUCUAGGGACCCUCACUGUGGCUGGUGUGUCCUGCACAACAUCUGCUCACGGAAGGACCGAUGUGAAAGAGCUGAUGAACCUCAGCGCUUUGCUUCAGAUCUACGCCAGUGCGUCCAGCUCUCCAUCCAGCCCAAGAACAUAUCAGUCACCAUGUCGGAAGUCCUGCUGGUUCUGCAGGCCCGGAAUGUCCCUGAUCUCUCUGCUGGUGUGAACUGCUCAUUUGAAGAUUUUACGGAGUCUGAAAGUCGCAUUGAAGAUGGCAAGAUCUACUGUAGCUCUCCUUCUGCAAAAGAUGUCAUCCCUAUUACCAGAGGGCGAGGCGACAAGCGAGUGGUAAAGCUCUACCUCAAAUCCAAGGAGACGGGGAAGAAGUUUGCAGCUGUGGAUUUUGUCUUUUACAACUGCAGUGUUCACCAAUCUUGCCUGUCCUGUGUGAAUGGAUUCUUCCCUUGCCAUUGGUGUAAAUAUCGUCAUAUUUGUACCCACAAUGCAGCUGACUGUUCCUUUCUGGAAGGGCGUGUCAACAUGUCUGAGGACUGCCCACAGAUCCUUCCUUCUACCCAGAUAUAUAUCCCUGUGGGUGUGGUGAAGCCCAUCACUUUGACUGCCAAAAACCUGCCACAGCCACAGUCUGGACAGCGCAAUUACGAGUGCAUCUUCCAUAUCCCUGGAACAUCCCAGCGUGUCACUGCCCUGCGCUUUAACAGCACCAGCAUCCAGUGCCAGAACACUUCAUAUUCCUAUGAAGGGAAUGGCAUCAGUGACCUCCCGGUGAACCUUUCCGUGGUAUGGAAUGGGAACUUCAUCAUUGACAAUCCCCAGAACAUCCAGGCUCACCUGUACAAGUGCUCAGCUCUGCGCGAAAGCUGUGGGCUGUGCCUCAAGGCAGAUCCACGCUUUGAGUGUGGCUGGUGCGUGUCAGAAAAGCGAUGUUCUCUGCGCCAACAUUGCCCAGCCUUUGAGAGCAGCUGGAUGCAUGCCAGCAAUGGCAAUAGCCGCUGUGCAGACCCCAAAAUCAUUAAGCUGACACCUGAAACAGGCCCCCGGCAGGGCGGUACUCGCUUAACCAUCACUGGAGAGAACCUGGGCUUGAAGUUUGAGGAUGUACGCUUGGGUGUGUGGGUUGGCAAAGUGACAUGCAUGCCCAUCGAGAGCGAAUACAUCAGCGCUGAGCAGAUCGUCUGUGAGAUUGGAGAAGCCAGCCCUAGCAAAAUCCAAGAGGCCCCUGUGGAAGUUUGUGUCAGGGACUGCUCCCCCAGCUACAAGGCUAUAUCUCCCAAAAGCUUCACCUUUGUGACUCCCACUUUCUCGCAAGUGUCACCAGCUCGGGGACCUGUCUCUGGGGGCACCUGGAUCAGCAUAAAAGGGAAGCACCUUGAUGCAGGAAGUGACAUCACCGUAACCAUUGGAGGGCAACAGUGCGCCUUUCCAAGGAGAAAUGCUGUUGAAAUCCGGUGCAGGACACCACCUGGCCAAAGCUCUGGAGAGUCUCCCAUCCUCAUCCAUAUAAACCGGGCUAUACUUAGCAGCCCUGAGGUGGCAUAUUUCUAUACUGAUGACCCCACCAUUCAGAAGAUAGACCCCGAAUGGAGCAUCAACAGUGGUGGUACACUGUUGACUGUGACAGGCACCAAUCUGGCCACUAUCAAAGAACCCAGGAUCCGAGCCAAGUAUGGCUCUGCCGAGAGUGAGAAUAACUGCACAGUCUUCAACGACACUACCAUGGUGUGCUAUGCUCCCUCCAUUGACAACCCAGUCCGCAGUCCUCCAGAGCUUGGUGAUCGCCCAGAUGAAAUUGGUUUUGUCAUGGAUAAUGUCCAGGCCUUGCUGAUCAUCAACAAAACCAGCUUUGUCUAUUACCCAGACCCUGUGUUUGAGUCUCUCCCCUCUGGAAUGCUGGAGCUCAAGCCAAGCUCCCCACUCAUCCUCAAGGGCCGCAACCUGCUUCCUCCAGCACCUGGAAAUUCCCGGCUAAACUACACGGUGCUAAUUGGCGACACUCCCUGUGUUCUUACAGUUUCUGAGACCCAGCUUCUCUGCGAGUCACCCAAUCUCACAGGACAGCACAAAGUGACGAUCAAGGCUGGGGGCUUUGAAUUCUCCCCAGGGAUGCUGCAGAUCUAUUCAGACAACUUGUUGACCCUGCCAGCCAUUAUUGGAAUUGGUGGGGGCGGGGGUCUUCUUUUACUCAUCAUCAUCAUUGUCCUCAUUGCAUACAAGCGGAAAUCCCGAGAUGCUGACCGCACCCUCAAACGACUACAGCUGCAGAUGGACAACUUGGAAUCCCGCGUGGCCUUGGAGUGCAAGGAAGCUUUUGCCGAGCUGCAGACAGACAUCCAUGAGCUGACCAAUGACUUGGAUGGAGCCGGCAUCCCCUUCUUGGAUUAUCGCACCUAUGCCAUGAGGGUCCUCUUCCCGGGAAUAGAAGACCACCCUGUGCUGAAGGAAAUGGAGGUGUGGCAAAACGUGGAGAAGUCUUUGACCCUCUUUGGACAGCUCUUGAACAAAAAGCACUUCCUGUUGACCUUCAUUCGCACUUUGGAGGCACAGCGCAGCUUCUCCAUGAGGGCGGGCAACGUGGCCUCUUUAAUCAUGACAGCGCUGCAGGGCGAGAUGGAGUAUGCCACUGGGGUGCUCAAGCAGCUUCUCUCAGACUUGAUCGAAAAGAACUUGGAGAGCAAGAACCAUCCAAAACUGCUCUUGAGGAGGACUGAGUCGGUGGCUGAAAAAAUGCUGACAAAUUGGUUCACGUUCCUUCUGUACAAGUUCUUAAAGGAGUGUGCAGGUGAACCUCUGUUCAUGCUUUACUGUGCCAUCAAACAGCAGAUGGAGAAGGGACCCAUUGAUGCCAUCACUGGAGAGGCUCGCUAUUCCUUAAGUGAAGACAAGCUCAUCCGUCAACAAAUAGACUACAAAAUGUUGACGCUGAACUGUGUGAACCCUGAAAAUGAAAAUGCUCCCGAGAUCCCGGUGAAGGUUCUAAACUGUGACACCAUCACACAAGUGAAGGAGAAGCUUUUGGAUGCUGUGUAUAAAGGAGUCCCUUACUCACAGAGACCUAAGGCAGGGGACAUGGACCUGGAGUGGCGGCAGGGCAGGAUGGCUCGGAUAAUACUGCAAGAUGAAGAUGUCACAACAAAGAUCGACAAUGACUGGAAAAGGCUCAACACUCUUGCCCAUUACCAGGUGACAGAUGGUUCCUCUGUGGCUCUGGUGCCCAAGCAGAAUUCAGCUUACAACAUUUCCAACUCCUCCACCUUCACCAAAUCACUCAGCAGAUAUGAGAGUAUGCUCCGGACAGCCAGCAGCCCUGACAGCCUCCGUUCCCGGACUCCCAUGAUCACUCCUGACCUGGAAAGCGGCACCAAGCUUUGGCACCUGGUGAAGAAUCACGAUCACAUGGACCAGCGAGAAGGUGAUCGCGGCAGCAAGAUGGUCUCAGAAAUCUACUUGACCCGCCUGCUAGCCACCAAGGGAACCUUGCAGAAGUUUGUUGACGACCUCUUUGAGACCAUAUUCAGCACCGCCCACCGAGGGAGUGCCUUGCCUCUCGCCAUCAAAUACAUGUUUGAUUUUCUGGACGAACAAGCUGAUAAGCACCAGAUCAAUGACUACGAUGUCAGGCACACUUGGAAGAGUAAUUGUCUACCUCUGCGCUUUUGGGUGAAUGUGAUUAAGAACCCCCAGUUUGUGUUUGACAUUCACAAGAACAGUAUUACUGAUGCCUGCCUAUCAGUGGUGGCUCAGACAUUCAUGGACUCCUGCUCAACUUCUGAGCACAAGCUAGGGAAAGACUCUCCCUCCAAUAAACUACUGUACGCCAAGGACAUCCCCAACUAUAAGAGCUGGGUAGAAAGAUAUUAUGCAGAUAUUGCUAAAAUGCCAGCAAUCAGCGACCAAGACAUGAGCGCCUACCUGGCAGAGCAGUCCCGGUUACACCUGAGCCAGUUCAACAGUAUGAGCGCGCUGCAUGAGAUCUACUCAUACAUCACCAAGUACAAGGAUGAGAUUUUAGCUGCUUUAGAGAAGGACGAACAGGCCCGAAGGCAACGGCUGCGGAGUAAGUUGGAGCAGGCAAUUGACACAAUGGCCCUAAGUAGCUGAAAAGGUCGAGAUGGUGCUGCAGACUUCCCUAGCAGUGGACUCUUAAGGGAGAGAGAGAGCGGCAAGUGAGUCGUGGCAGCAAGAAAGCAAUCAAGGAAUACAUUGGGGCCUGGCACCAAACAAUGCACAGAGUCUGCUGCGUCUCAGAACACUUUACACACAACGAACAGCAAAACUACAACAAUGUAAGACCGCCGUUCUCAAAAGCAAACGGAGCCUAUCUUAAAGACCUUUUGGAAGGAGCAACGCAGCCAAGAACCUGAAGGACCCCAGGAGAUGUGCAAGGAGGGCCAGUGAGACAAAUCCCUGCUCAGCUGCCACUGCCUCCCUUCUCCGGCUCCCACCAAGGCCUGCUCCAGAUUUGGCGAUGGAAGGUUGGGGACUGCACUAACGUCUAGGACAACCUUUUUACAUUAUGGUUUUUCCCCCCAUGGCAGGCGGUUUGGUAGGCUUAUAAUUCCCUGCCCCUUCUCCCUGUACUUCCUUCCUUUCCCGCCUUGCCUGGACAGCUCCACGCUCCACCUUCUCUUCCAUACUCUCUGGCCUUCUUUCUCUAGUGUUAACUGCUAUAUUUGCACAAUUUCCACAAGCUAGGUUUUGUUUUUGUUUUUUUGUUUUU